CACCAGAUGCACAACUUGCAAAACGAGCAACUGAUGUUUCUCGACCCCACGACCUUAUGUGAUUUGGAUAUUGAGGGCCUUAUGCCCACUCCCGUGGAUGAUGAAUUCAUCUCCUCCAGCGGCAUUCUUCCUUGUCCCGAAGAUGUCGCCGCCAAGUCCUUGACCGCCGGGUCCAACAUUCAUUCUCGCGUUUUCUCAGCCGCUGUGAGACCUCCGAGGUCAACAACCGAACAGCUUACUGACUGUGUGCACCUAAAAGAUCCAGUGCUGCGGCUUGCUUCUCUCAGGAAUCGGUUUCAUCAUCUCAAGUAUAUGCUUGACACAGAUCCGCCGGCUUAUCGACUAUGGCUACCAAGGGCUCACUCCACAGUGCCAGAGGAGUAUCUAGAUGUGACUGAUUUUCAACGAGAAGCUAUCCGAGCAAAUAUACAUGUUACACACUUGUGGUUACAAAUACUGCUACUUGAUGAGAUUGAUACGCUCGUCAGCAAGGAACAGUCAUCUACCCCAGCUCCACAAGGAUCUAUCAACUCCUCAAUUAUAUCCCGUGCCUCUCAUCCAGCACCGGAUCCUAUGUCAUGGGAUAAACGAGAAUAUAUCUGUGAGCAACUUCUGCACUUCUUGCAUUCUAUGUCCCAUUCUGGUUUAGAGCCGAAUGGCAUCUCCAUAGUAUAUAAGGUGAGAGACGUUGCUGUUUCGCUUCUGUCCUGUCCAGACGAUCUGACCAAACAACGUACACAACGGGCCAGAACGUAUUUGCAAGAAUUCUCUCGUCUUCUAUCUAUCCUCGACGUAAGUAAGGAGAUUAAUUCACUAAGCCUACAAAGUUGGAUUGAUAUUAGUCGUGAUAAAUAUAUUAUACUGCAAUAA